AUGGCCAACUGCUCAACAACGCUUCCCGCCUCUUGGUAUACCAGCAAGGCCGUAUACAGCUUAGAGAGGCGGGCUGUAUUCCUCAAGUCAUGGAUGCUGCUUGGUGCAGUCACCCGAUGGCCGGAGGUAGGAAGAGACUACUCCUAUGAACUGGCACAGAUCAAGUUCCUCGUUCGGCGCGAUUCUGCCGAUCCGAAAAGUCUCAGGGUCUUUUCAGACCCCGAGGGCCAAGAGAUGCGCAGCCACUUGACACCGACAGGGUUAUUGUUCAUGACCCUUUCCGACGAAACCGUCAGCUUCGAGGAAUACUUCCCGGGUCUGGAGGACUUGAUAGCACACGUCGACUUUACAAAGUUUCAAGUCAGGAGAACACUCAAAUAUCCCGGCAACUACAACUGGAAGGCCAUGGUCGAUGGAUUUCAGGAAUGUCUCCACUGUCCCUACGCACAUCCGGCGUUUUCCAAGGCGUACGCGCCAACUACCUACGAGAUUCGGAACAAACAUAACUACUCGCAGCACUUUGUCGAGACAGACCGGCCAGAUGAUGGCUUGUUCCUCUACUUCUUCCCCAACUCCACGCUGAAUCUGUAUGCCGGCGGCAUGUCAUCGUUCCGCGCCUGCCCGUCCGAGGACCCUGCCCAGACGACAAUGCUGUUCGACUAUUACCAUUGCGAACCCGAUGGUUCUGAAGAGUUUGAGAACUAUUUCAAGUUCGCGCGCACAGUUGGACUCGAGGACCAUGACCUUUGUGAGAAGACGCAGGCGAACCUUGGAGCCGGCAUUUACACAGAGGGCGUUCUCAACCCAGACAAGGAAAAUGGAGUUGCGUAUUACCAAGGCCGAGUUCUGGAAAUGUGUUCCGCUCAGUUCCGGGAGGAAACAGUCGGGGCCUAA